CCUACGACGUCACAAUAUGGCUGACUUCCGUUCGAAACGCCAUUUUGAUCCGAAAUAUACUGAUAAUGGUGUGAACAAAUUCACUAUACACCGCUAAUUGGAACUCCUCUGUGUUAAUAUUUAAAUCACCAAAACGUUUUGAAAAGACUAUGUUCUUUGCCCUUUACUUAAGCAUUUUACGGACAUUGAUUAUCAGCUGUUUUUGCGCGAAGAACGUGAUUUUAUAACGAAACCAGGGUUUCUUGCUUUGAAACUCUACUAGAAAAUGUCAUCGACGGCUCACGACCAUACAUACACGUUUGAUGAGUACGGUUGCAAAAACAAUGGAAGAUUUUCAAGAGGAGAGGAACCAGAGGACUCUACCACAUUGUCUACAGAGGACCAUGUUUUUCAUGAUCAUUCUUAUAUAUCUAUUGUUGAUUCAUGCCCAGACACAGAUGUUCCUGAGUAUGAGGAGGAGGAGGAGGACACAGAUGAAUAUACAUGUAGUUCAUCAGAGAGUGACGAAGAAGAACCUGAGAGAAAUGGUGGAAAUGUCUUUCCCUUGCAAGGGCGGCACAUCAUAGACAUUAUUUUUUUUGAUCCAAGAGCUGGGUAAAGGGUGUCAUUCUUGCAGAGAACCUUUACAGUUGUCCUCUUGCAUAGGAGAUACCCGAUAUGGACUAGGUAGUUUACUUCACAUGAAAUGUGCACAGUGUCUAAAUGUUACACUUGUCCCUACUGGGAAAAGGCAUGGCCAAAAUGUAUGGGAUAUGAAUUCCAAAUUGGGUACAGCAAUUCUUUUUUGUGGGAUUGGUGAAACAGUUGUGAAUACUCUGCUUUGCGCACUAGAUCUACCAUCUGUUUCACCAACAACAUUAAAAAAGAGAGAAAGGGAGGCAGGCAUAGCUUUAGAGGCGGUAGCAGACGACACAUGCCAAGACGCACUAAGAGAAGAAAAAGACCGCUGUGAAAAUUCUGACCGUGCGGAGGCUGUAAGUUUUGAAGCCGGAUGGCAGACCCGAGGAAGUGGCAGGAACUAUGCCAGUCUCACAGGUCACGGUAGCAUGAUUGGAUUUAAUACAGGGAAAAUAGUAGCCUAUUCUUAUAGAUGCAAAACAUGUAGAUUUUGCCAGAGUACGAAAGAUGGCCCUGUAAAAGAACAUGAUUGCAGAAAAAACUGGGACAAGUCAUCCAAAGCGAUGGAAUCCGAUAUGGCGAUAGAGAUGUUGCAAGACUUGAAGCAGAAAGGUUUCCAUGUGAAAAAUGAUUAUGGAUAUGAUUCAACAACAUUUUCCAGAGCAAAGGCAGUGUUUGAUGAGAAUAUUGAAAAAGUUUGUGAUUUUAACCACACAAAAAAGAACUUUACCAACAGAUUGUUUGAACUAAGAAAAGAGAAGAAGUACUCUGCAUUAGGACCGAAAGCCAUCAAACACCUCACCAAAUGCUUCGCCUAUGCUGUAAAGGGAAAUAAUGACAGGGAGUCCUUGGAGAGCAAUUUGUGUGCUAUACCGUUACAUGUAUCAGGGGACCACUCUAAAUGUGGAAACUGGUGUGGUUUUGUACAACAACCAUCAUCAUACAAACCAAGAAACCUGCCUUAUGGGAAAUAUUUAACUGGAGAAGAUCUAAUAAAGGACCUCCAACAUAUUUUUGAUGCUUUCAGCAAGAAUGCUGAAGAAUUACUGAAUAUAGGCAGCACUCAAGGAAAUGAGAGUUUCAACAACAUUGUUUUCUCCAAAAAACCCAAAGAACCGCUUUUAUGGAGGUUGAGAGUCCAUGCCUUCAGGGUUGCAGCAGCUGUUGCACAGAAAAAUAUUGGCAAUGAUGCUAUUUCCAAAGUUUAUGAUCAUUCAUUACUGUCACCAGGAAAGAAUAUAGAAUUGUUUCUUACUCGGACAUCAAAGAAAAGGCAGUACAAGAAGAAUAGAAAGGCCAGCACAGCACACAAAAAACGACGCUAUGAACUGAAGUCAUCAAUGGCUAAACAGGAAUCAACAGCUGAAGUAAAGGAAGGAACGACAUAUCAACCUGCUGUAGACCUAAACCCUACAACAUCCUCAGAGGCCACACAGGAAAUACCAGAUGCAACAGUGCCACCAACACUCAAAACUGUGGAAAAUGGAAAGAAUGCUUUCCUUUACUUUGACCUCGAGACAACUGGCUUGGGUACUUCUUGUGACAUCACUCAGUUGGCAUGUGUGACUGAAGAAGAGAAUUUUAACAGGGGUAUCAGAAAAUUGAACAAAGGUAAGACAAGUAAUAAAUGUAAGUAUGAUUCCAUUGUCUUGGAGAUAGCAUAUUCUGUAAAGACCUGACAGGUAACUAUACUCAUUUUAUGCUUAUUACAUCACAUUUUUUUCAUUUCAUCCUGCAAAUAUUCAUGUAUCAUUCAAGUUUUCUUCUGUUUUGUGUGUCCUAUGUGUGCUUCACUUCCGCUUUAUUUGUCUCUUGUCCUGUUUUUGUUUUCUCUUAAAUU